AUGCCUUACUCAAGUGACGAUGCUACCUACUGGGGUCCUGCACAAAGGUACUGUGGUGUCUGUAAAUGCUGCAGUCCUUACAUCAUUACCGAGACAUCUUUCUCCGCCAUGGCCAAGGACACACGAGUCACCUUUGACUCCGCACCAGCUCCAUCACCCAACAAACCAGCCAACAAGGUCCGCCACAACCGCAUUGCUGAACGCCAGAUCUCCUACGAGGACGCCGAGAACUGCGUCAACGAAAUGAGCGAGUCUUUCCCAGCUUUAAGCACACGCGCCCACAGACUUAUGCGCCAGGUGUCCGGCUCUUUCAACAACAGAACUAUCAAAGUUGCUCUCAUAAUGUCAGUGAUUUUAAACCUGCUUCUGGGAAUUCCCUUUGGAAUUUUCUUUGGGUUCUGGAUGUCGCAGAAGAACGAGGCGGUGGUGGGCACCUCGUUGCUAUCUUCAUCCAAAGACUCAAACAGCUAUAUCAUUAUAGAAUCUUGUUUCCCGUGUUCGGAUAAAGACCUUGACCGCAACACCCGAGUAAAGGUCAAGUCUAAAAAUAACAUCUGCUGCACGGACGAAAAAUUAUUCAAUUUUGAGGGAUCGCCUUAUUUCUGUCUAACCGCUGACGUCUUUAAGAGGCAAUGUGUGGGAAACACAGAUAUCGCACGUGCACCCCAGCCCUGCACAACCGGCUCUGGAAAUUCCCAGUCUGCAGGUGGGCAAUCUUUGGCUGCCGCUCAUCUCAUGUUGGAUGUAGAACAGACCAAAUCUAGAAUGAAGGAUUCUGUACACAAAAACGAUAUUAAUCUAGUCUGGCUGUACAGAGAUGUCGAACACAGGACAUUUGUGGGCGACGGCGUGGAGUAUGCCAAUGGACAAAUCACAAUCCAUAAAGCUGGAAAAUACCACAUCUACAGUCACAUGACUCUGAGCAGUAACGAAAACCCCUUGCCGGAACACUAUGACGAGAUAAUCAUUGUCCAUUCCCUUUUAUGGAAUCCCCGAGGAGCAUCGAAACAUUUACUGUUUUCACAAGUGACCCUAAAGCCAAACGAAGUGAAAAGCACUGAUAUUGAAGGCUCGUUUGAACUUCGAGAGGGGGACGUUAUUUCCGUGUAUCUUAGUCAUCCAUCAUUUCUCAAGAAUGUCUCGCCAGCAAAUGUGUUCGGAUUGUUUAUAUUACAGCAAUGA